AUGUUGGUGGUUCCGUUGACUCUCCUGUCGCUCUGCUCCUGCUUUGCCGCGAUCUAUGCCGCGACCGAUCACAACCCCAUCUUCAAGAACACGACAGCUGUUGUGACGGUCAACACCACGAACGAGGGCCGGCUCGGGUUCACCAAUUCAUGGAUGCUCAUUGGAAUGUACACCGCGACCGUUUACAUCCAGGGCCAGCCGUUCCAGGUUGUGAUUGACACUGGCAGCUCGGACCUAUGGAUCUACAACUCCCAAAAUCUGACGCUGGACGGCCUCAUUCCCACUGGGCACAGCGAGAACGUCACCUAUGAUGAUGGGACUUAUAUUGAUGGGCCGAUCGUGCUCGCGAAUAUCUCCCUUGGCCAGUAUACAGUGCAAGCACAGGCGUUCAUCAACUCCGGAUCCGCUGCUGCUGAAAUUGCCAGGUCUGCCGAUGGUAUCCUGGGUGUCAGCUCACCGUUCGCUUCCGGUAUUUUCCAAAAUCUAUAUCACAAUAGCACAGACAAUGGUUGGCCAUUCCUGUCAAAUCUAUUCAACAACAAUCCCGACAUGGAGCCGUACAUUACCUUAUACCUUACACGCUCUGCUGUUGGCGUCGUUGACGGCGGUGCUCUCACGAUCUCGGAGAUUGUGACGAACUUUGAAGCGGUCCUUGAGGCACCUCCAUUACCGGUAUACUCUGACGAUACCUUCUCCACGUUCAUGGACGGUGUUUACUUGGAUGGGAAGUUUCUAACUGGCAACUCGUUUGGACCCAAUGGCACUGGUGUUAAUGCUAACCCUGGUCCCAAUCAGACUAUCGUCAUCCUUGAUUCUGGUACUGCCCUGAUGAUAGCUCCGCCGUACUACGUCCACGGGAUCUACAAGGAUAUCCCUGGAGCGCAAUGGAUUCCUAGUAUAAGGACUUAUUCGGUGCCGUGUUCGACAAAGUUGAACAUCAGUAUGGUGUUUGGUGAGAGCAUCUACCCGGUUGACCCCAUCGACUCCACAAUUGUCGGCGUCAGCGAUGAUGGUUCUUUGAAAUGCAUCGGUGCUAUCAGUUACAGCGGUGCAUCCGUUGGUGCCGAUUUCAUCCUCGGCAGCUCGUUCCUGCGGAAUGUCUACACGCUCUUUCAUUGGGGAAACUGGACCGAGAACCGCACGAACCAGCCCUACAUGCAGCUACUCUCUCUCACGGACCCGGACAAGGCCUGGGCGAACUUCGACACGCUCAACUUGGAGCGGAUCGGGCAGACUGAGCAGCAGCAGAUCCAGGAUAACCAGAACUACACGUACCCGAAGACCGUCUCGCAGAGCGUCACGUACUCGCUCACCUCCCCCUCCCUCUCCGCAACCCAUUCGGCGGGUGCGUCCAGCACCUCGGGCCCUUCUGCAAGCACCCUGAGCCCGUCGACGGCGAGCACCACCACUCCCGCUGCGGCUGCGAAGCUCGACGCGGCACUCGCUGAGGCGUCCGGCGGCGCGUCGUCGUCAUCGACGGUCGAUCUCGGCGGGCUCACGCGCAACUCGUACAUCAUCAUGGGCCUCAUCGCGGGCGUGCUCGUGCUCCUUCUCGGCGUCCUGAUCAAGCUUGUCAGCGACGGCCGGAACCAGCAGUACCGCGCGGUGCCGAACGUCAUACGUCCGCCGAUGCAUUUCAGCGACAAGCCUUACGAGCCUGAAAGUGAGGCGUUCGUGACGCCGUAUGACGAUCCGGCGAGGCCGCAUUGA